AUGAAGGUAAAGCCUUGCCAUGUUAUCACAAAGUUCCUCGGAGACUGGAUCGCUCCCACAACGUACACGAGUCCGAGGACAUGGAGUCCGGUUGCGCUUGAAAGCGGAAAGCGAGGUAAUUUACCACAAGAAAUCACUAGAAUGAGCGCAUUUCUCGCACCUUGUGGAAUGCAAUACCAAGCUAUCUCCUUCACGACUCGCAACUCGAAUUGCUUCGACAACGUAGACAAGUCCAAAGAUGCAAAAUUUGUCAAAUUUGAGGAAAAGCUCAAUCCUAACACAUCGCUGAGUGAGGUGAUGGCAGUGAGAGAGGCUUGA